GCCAGCGCGUCUUCUCACUUCAGAUUGGAAGCGGCGGACAGCACACCACGUGACCGGCCCAGCCGUCAGCCAGCCAUGUGCAGUGCUGUGUGAGGCGGCCGCUCUGUCACAUGACUUGUGUCAGCUGACCCAGCAUGGCUGAGCCCAGACUUCCCUGAUCUCAGCUGACCCUGUGUGCUGAGGAGAAGGAACACUGAGGGGGACAGCAUGGAGCAUCAAAAUACUAAAAUGUGACCUAACACAAAUUAUCCUUUGCCAAAUAUGGAGUGGUUAAUAGACUCUGUUGAGAAGGACCUUGGCAUUGAUCAGAAGCAACUUGCUAUAUCUGAAGCUGGAAGUCAUGUAAUCGCUCUUGUAUCUCAAAAAUGGCUUUUCAACCUGAAAGAACGCAAAACCCUUCCACUGCAAUGCCCUAAGCUCGAAGGAUUUAGCAGUGUAGAAAUUAAGACAUUUUUGCAGCGUUCAGUCCAGAAAUUACCUGCUGGCUGGACAAGGGUAGAGAUUCAUGGACUGAGAAAAAGUAGGCUGGCCUACUCGUUGGCUCUAAACAAUGGCUUCCUACAAGGGCAGAAUGGGGACUGUGCAUCAUUGUUUAGUUUUAUGAACAAUGUGGCCCAACAAAACUAUAAGAACAUGUGGUACAAAGCCCAAAGGAGUUAUGUGCAGCCCUAUGAAAAUUUAACUAAAGUGCCAAGCAUGCAGGCCUUGGAUGCUCUAAAGUUGUCUCUCCAGAAAAUCUAUGGUUGCCCUUUCAUUGUCACAAAUAAAGCAUCUGCCAGUCUAUCUCCUUCCAAAGAAAGUGCCAGUUUUGUUGUCGGGGCUCCUUCUUGCCCCAAUAUUUUCCCAGCUGAAGCUUUGAUGGAAUCAUCUGACAUGUUGUAUAUUAUCUUGCCAUAUAUGCAGUAUUCAUUAUAUGAUGCUAUCACAUUUAGCCCUGCUAAGCUCGCAAACAGUCAUGCCAAAGUACUUUUUAUUUUGUAUAAUAUUCUCCAGGCCAUGAAGGCAUGUCACUUAGCAGGCUUAUCAAGUGGAUCCAUUUCAUUAUGCAACGUGGCUGUUGAUGAAAAACUUUGCAGUCAGCUAAGGCCUAAUUUUAUUGAUUAUGAAAGGCAAAUAAUUAGCUCAUUGGGUAGUAGGGAAGAUUCAUCCGAUAUCAUAGAUCAAGUCAAAUCAAGUGCACUAUGUGUGUCAUGCAAUGGUGAGCUGAAAGACAUGGUUAUUGACUGGAUUCAUGGAAGGGUUAGCAAUUUUGACUACCUUAUGUAUCUGAAUAAACUUGCUGGCAGAAGGCAGGGAGAUCCAAAUUACCAUCCAGUUUUACCUUGGGUUGUUGAUUUCACAACCAAAAACGGCAAAUUUAGAGACCUGAAAAAAUCCAAGUUCCGUUUAAACAAAGGGGAUAAGCAACUAGAAUUCACAUAUGAGAUGACAAAACAGGCAUUUGUAGCAGGUGGUGGCAGUUCUGAUCAGUUGCAUGUUCCUCACCAUAUCUCUGAUGUCCUCUCAGAUAUUACAUACUAUGUAUAUAAGGCUAGAAGAACCCCAAAAGCUGUUCUUUGUAAUCAUGUGCGUUCUCAGUGGGAACCAAAUGAAUAUCCAGCAAGCAUGGAGCGUAUGCAGGCAUGGACUCCAGAUGAGUGCAUUCCAGAAUUUUUCUCAGAACCUACUAUAUUCAAAUCCAUUCAUGCAGAUAUGCCAGAUCUUGACAUUCCAUCUUGGUGCAGUUCAUAUGAAGAUUUUAUAAAUGUACACCGAGCACUUUUAGAAAGCAGAGAUGUGUCUCAAGAUCUUCAUCACUGGAUAGACCUUACUUUUGGGUACAAGCUGACUGGGAAGAAUGCAGUGAAAGAAAAAAAUGUCUGUCUUCACCUGGUGGAUAAUCACACUAACUUGACAUGUUAUGGCGUUGUACAGUUAUUUGAUCAGCCCCACCCCAAACGUCUUCUUGGGCCUAGUUAUUCUCUUUUUGAAGCUCCUGCUGUAGUUACAUCUAGACAUAGCAUUGUUGAGAUGACUGCAUCUAAUAACAAACAUACUGUCAAUGGUCUUGUGCUAGAAGCCACUGCUUGUGAGAGUCAUUGGACCAGCGAUAAAGAGGGCACAGCAGAUGAUGAUCUAGAGCAAGGAACUGAGGCUCUUGAUGCGCUAGGAAGUUCAGGAAAGGGUGUUGAUCAGGCCACUAUACCCUCCCACCAAAUUACUAGUUCCAGUAACUUCUCAGGUGAAAGCAGAUCUCCUCCUAUUAGGUCAAACAGGCCAUUCAAGAUUGCCUCAGAAGAAAACUGUGGAAAGAUCUCAUUGCCUGAAGGUUUUAAUCCUAUACAAGCUUUGGAAGAACUGGAAAAACUUGACAACUUUUUAGUUCGAGGUUUGCAUAGCACCAUACUUCCAGUGAAAGAAUCUAACAACAAGCAUCCAGUGAGCCUUUUAGAUCUUUUUCAGAGAGAUAUACAAGCUUUGGGUGUUAUGAUGGCAGAAAUAGUUUUUGCCCCAAGAAUUUACACUUUGGCCCCUAAAUCCCCACUUCUGGAACGAUAUAUUUUAGUUCGCAAUCUCGGAAAACAUCACAUGAAAGAGAUUCCUACUCCUCUUCUACAGAUGCUCGAGUCUUUUUUACAGCUACAUGCUCCAGAUGAAGAGCUUUUUAGCGAUGUGGACAUUGAGACACGGAUCAAACUGUUUGAGUUUCCUCACAUUUCUAACGGUCUUCCUCCACCAUCUCCCUCCCAGCUCCUGAGUCCAUUUUGCUCAACUAUACCUUUCCCCAAGUACUUCCCUAACUUGCAUAAAUUCAUCUUGACCUAUCAGUCCAGAAGAACAGAAGAUGACAGUCAAGGUCGCGAGCUUGUGUUCCAGUUGUGGCAGCAGAUAGAUGGAAUUCUUUGUGAUAUUACCCCUGAAGGAUUAGAAAUAAUUCUUCCAUUUGUCUUGUCAUUAAUGACUGAAGAAAGUACAGCUGUUUACGCAGCAUGGUAUCUUUUUGAGCCUGUGGCCAAAGCUUUGGGUCCAAAAAACACAAACAAGUAUUUGUUGAAGCCACUCAUUGGUGCAUAUGAGAACCCUUCUUUUAUUCAUGGAAGAUUUUAUCUGUACACAGAUUGCUUUGUAGCCCAGUUGAUAGUUCGUCUGGGCUUGCAGGCAUUUCUUUCCAGUUUACUUAAUCAUGUGCUUCAAAUACUUGUUGGAGUAGAGGGUUCAGGUGAUGAAGGAAAAUUGUUGUCUGGAACAGCUGAAGAUGAGGAAAGUGGUGGGGAGAGCCCAGUUGCUGGUGAAUUUGGGGAAGGUCGACAAAAUAGUGUAGACCAUAGUGGCUCUUCCCAUGAACUCUUGGACUAUACUUCUGGGGUUAGCUUUCACGAUCAAGUUUACCUAGGAGAAAACGAGGACUUUCAAGGUGGACUAUAUGUGAAUGAUUCCCUUCAUACGCAAGAACCAGAGUCUCUCAGCCUUGGAAGGUUAAGUGACAAAAGCAGUGCAAGUGAAGUCUCCCUAGGAGAUGAGAAAGUGGCAGAUAGUGAUUCCCUUAGAGAAAAAGGUAGCAUGAAGUCUGGAGAUAGUAGUCAAGACCUAAAACAAAGUGAGGAGUCUGAAGAAGAGGAAGAGCGGGAUUCUUCUCCUGGCCUUUCAGAAAUAACCCUCUCGGUCAACACAGAAGCUUCAGCUGAUGCAGUUGUAGCCAGUGAUAACCAAGAACUGGAAGAUGACGAACCUGAUUUAAAUAAUCAGACAGAAGAAAAAGAACAGAAGAUUUUAAUAGAUACAGCUUGUAAGAUGGUAAGGUGGCUUUCAGCCAAGCUAGGUCCAACUGUGACCUCCCGCUGCAUUGGCAGGAAUCUUCUACGAUUACUCACGUCCUGUUAUGUUGGUCACCAGAGACAUCAGUUUCUAUCUAACAUGGAGGAGAAUAGCCAACUAAACAUCAAGAGACCGGUGUAUGGUGACCAGGUGUCUAGGCCUGUGCUAGAGUGCCUGAUGCAUAUGGCUCAUCUUUAUGGGGAACCUUUUCUUACCUAUCAGUAUCUGCCUUACAUUAGCUACCUGGUGGCUCCCAGCAGUGGGUGCAGACUGAACAGCCGCAAGGAAGCUGGUCUCCUAGCUGCUGUCACCUUGACUCAAAAGAUCAUCAUCUACCUUUCAGACACUACUUUGAUGGACAUUUUACCAAAAAUUAACCAGGAUGUCCUACUGCCAGUUCUAAGCUUCUUGACCUCUACCACUGUUGGGUUCCCAAACGGCCCUCAGGCACGUCUUGCUUUGUGUGUCAAGUGCAGCAACCUGAUUUCCCUCAUCUGUCUGCGAAUAGGGAGAGAAAUGGUCCAGCAGCAUCUUGGUGACGCUUUAAGAAUCUUCUUUAGCAACUUCACUGUAAUGCAGGAAAUCCAUCAGCAGGGCCUGUCUGCAGAGACACAGAAUGGUUCGGAGCCAUGCGUAAAGAGUGUCUACUGCUCAGAUGGAGGAAAGUUACCUGUGGAUCUGGCUAUAAUUGAAGAACUGGAAAAAGUAUACAAUGCUGAGAUGGCAUAUGCCACAUUCAUACCAUUUUCCUGUCUCAUAGGUGAUGUUAUUAACCAAUUGGUUCCAAACCACGAUUUAAUAUGGAAACUUACAAUGGUUUAUCAAGAAACAGUUAUUCCAAAGGAGAUUGACAACCAAUCACUGCCCUGUGAGUACAGUGGUAGAACAAGUGUCCCUCGUCGCAGCUUGGAGGAAGACACCCAGUCGGGCACCUUUGGGAGUGUCCUGGUUGGAAACCGUAUUCAGGUCCCAAAAGACAGUCAGGCAUCUCCACCAAAGUCCACUUGCCGCAGCCCUGUAGCAGAGACCUUCCAGUGUGAUGAUAACACUUUUAAACAGGAUCUUCAAAGGAGUGCCCAUGGACUAUGUGGAAACUGGCUGGCAUACUGGCAGUAUGAGAUUGGCGUGAGCCAGCAGGAACCUCAUUUUUACUUUCACCAGAUCAAGCUCCAGAGUUUCAUAGGCCAUUCUGGAGCCAUAAAAUCUGUUAAACCACUUAGCGGAGAAGAUUUCUUUCUAAGUGGCAGUAAAGACAAAACAGUUCGGUUGUGGCCUUUGUACAACUAUGGAGAUGGCACCAAGGAGAUUGAACCACGUCUUACUUACACUGAGCACAAGAAGACUGUGUUCUAUGUAGGCCAGCUGGAAUCUGUACAACAGAUAGUGAGCUGUGAUGGAGGCGUAUGCAUAUGGGACCAAUGUACAGGUAAAACCAUUCGGACUUAUGAGGCUGGAGAUACUAAGGUACCCAUAACAGCUGUGGCGACAAUGCCUCCACCUUACUCCGGUGUGACAUUUGCAAGCUCUGACUCAAUGCUUCGUUUUAUUGAUCCUCGGAAGCCAGGACUUCAGCAUGAAUUUAAGCUAGCCAACCAUAUGAAUGCAGGCCUCAUCCGUUACCUAGCAGUUAGCCCAAAUGGCCGCAGCGUUAUUGCAGGUUAUUCAUCUGGAUUCAUUAUAUUGCUGGACACCAGAACCGGUCUGGUUCUACGAGGGUGGCCUGCCCACGAGGGUGAUAUCCUUCAGAUGAAGGCAGCAGAGGGAAACAUUGUGGUGAGUUCCUCCUCUGACCAUUCUCUGACUGUCUGGAAGGAAUUGGAGCAGAAACCCUUACAUCAGUUCAAAUCAAACUCUGACCCUAUUCAUGCUCUUGAUCUCUACGGCAGUGAAAUUAUAACCGGCACUGUGGCAAAUAAGAUUGGCAUUUACUCUCUCCUGGACUCUUCUUCACAACCGAACAGCACAACUAAACUAAGCUCCGAAAAUUUCAAGGGGACCUUGACCAAUCUAGCUGUCCUGCCGACAAAGAGACUUCUACUUCUGGGCUCCGAUAAUGGCAUCAUUCGUCUUCUUGCCUGAUGGAAAUUUGUUUCAUUUGGGCAAACCAUGGCACCUUCAUCUUGACCAUGGUGUUACAAACUGACUCUGAAAAGCCAUAAAACUAUUACCAAUAUGUGUUAACAUUUUCCAUAGCUAGAUCAGUCGGCAGUGUUUUUUUAUUUUCUGUGGCAGCAGAAUGUAAUUCUGGAUGGUGUUUGUAUACAGGAAGUAUUAAACACUCAUGUUUUGGUGCUGCAAGCUUUUUAAACACCUGGUUUAUGUGGCAAGUCCCAUCUGAACCUGAAUUUUUUGUUCCAGGUAGUCUUCAUUUAAAAAAAAAUUAAAUAAAUCGCGUACUUGUUUUGAGAGCCUAGCACAGAAGGCUAGAAUGCCACACCAGUAAUGGAGAAUGACAUCUCCUAGUGUAAAAUAAUUAACUUGGGAGUUUAGCUGUAGAGGUGAUGGUUCAACCUUCCUAAACUUAAAGCCCAACUCCAGAUUGGUAGGAAAAAUAAUACCCCAACCUUACCUGGCAAAAAAUAAAUAAAGGAAAAAAGCUCUUGCUUUUCUCUAGUCCUUUUCCAGGCUGAAUGAACCCACUUUCUGUCAGCCAUGGGCAUCGAGGAUCUGCCCUUUUUAGGGGGUAAAUCACAAAGCCAACUUGGGCUCACAGAAGAAUGCUGUAGGGAAUGGCACCACAUCAUUACAUUGCACCACUCUGCAGUACUCAGAACCCUUUCAGUGCUCAAGGAAGAUGACCCUUUGCAUCACACAAUUGGACCAAAGACACCGGGAAAAAAAAAAGUAUGUAUGAUUUGGGGGUCAGAGGGGUUGAGGCUUAAAAUAUGUUUUGGACACCCACACGCUAAAUUCCAGCUCUUUAUAUGAAAUGACUGGAAAUCCUGCCUUCUUGUAACUCUUAUGCCAUAUGUGCAACCCAUAUUAUAGUAAACUAAUAACAAUUGCACUUAAUUGCAGUAAAGCAGUGUAGUAUUAGUGGAGAAGUGGAGAAACACACUCGUCUCCAUGCUACAUUUUCUUAGUUUGCACUUUAAAAUGGUUUCCUCCUUGCUAAUGAAUUAUAAAUUUAUCAUUUCUAUGUAAAUUGUGCAUGUUUUGGCCCUGGACCGAGGAGACUUUAUGGUGCCAUUCCUGUUAAUAUUUAGGAAUUGCUUAUGCAAUACAAUCAUGCUAAAAUAUAGUUUCUUACAUAGACCUGAAUGAUAAAUUGUUUUCAAUUGAUUGGUAUUUGGAAGUGAGAAAUUGUAUAUACUUAUAUUCUUAGGACCAUAUAUUAAAAAUGUAAUUUUUCUUUUAGAAAUGUCAGCCUGGGUAUCUCAGGAACCAUAUGUAUAUUUAUAUUAUCAGGCUGCGAUCAUUCUCUUUUCUUGACUUGAUGUUGGUUAGUGUUGCUGCCAUGAUUUCCGUAGCACGGUUACAUGAUACUUUGGGCUUUGCUACACAAGUUCAUGGGAACCUAAAGAUUGUGCCACUGCUCAUGUUACUUAGCUUGCACAACCAUUAAACUAACAGCUAAUGAAUUUAUAAAUGUUUUUGGAAACUUUUAUACUGGGAUUUACAAAACCUUGUCCAUUUCAUUCCAAUAAUAAUCACCUCCUGUCCUGGUGAAAGAUCAUGCAUUAUAUUGUAAUACAGACAACAGUAAACAUAUUCUUCCUAAGUA